AUGUACGUGUUGGAGACCCACAGACUCUCAGUCGUUAAGGACAAAGACCUUUCGGUUUACGAAGUGCCAGAAACCGACUUUGUCUAUAAUCUCUACUAUAACCUUGAUCCUAAAGACACCCACCUCACACUCUCAUACAUCUCAAGCUCGCCAGACUUCCCGCCCGACUCGUUGGGUUACCUAUACUUUGAAAAGAAGAAUGGCGAAUGGAACAACUCCUAUUCAUUCACAAGGAAAUUAUUAGAUCAUGAUCAAUUAUUAAGUUCAACCCAGCCUUCAACACCACCAACCCCAGCCAUACCAUUGAACACCAACGAGUUCGUUUAUGAUAUGAGUAAGGACAAGGACAGUACUGUGAACUUUGAGUUGAGAGUUGAGACUAUCCGGGGAGUAAAGUUGGCCACUGUUUUACCAAGAGCACAUAAAAAGCUUGUACACUUGGUUGAUUCUCAGGUUAUGGUUUGGUCUUCUGGACCAGACGACAAAUGCUACAGGGUUCUUUACGCACCAUUUGACGAACCUAAGGCCACAGCAGUUGUUUACUCUGCAAGCGGACAACAGACUGUAAAGUACUUUAUGAAAAGUCCAGAUGGAAGUUGGAACGAAACCUCACCCGACGAUUUCACGAGGGUUCUCAUACCAGAAGUCGUUAGCAAAAAAGUAGCAACAAAGGUUUCUCUCGAUUUUUCAAACCUCGCAACCAAGGUCUUGCGCCCGUUACAAAAAGAAAUCCUGAAAUCCCUCAGAAAUUUGAUGAGCAAGCCAGGGUCAAAGUUCGUUGAGGAACAUCUAAUGUCGUUUAUGUUUUAUCCAGUUCCCAAAGAGCUUGUGGUCACAGAUCUUUACGACGGUGACGAUCUGGUGUAUUCUUCACACAUUGAAAAUGUCAACGCCCUACAGUUUUACGCUACUAAAAAUGACCUAUACCUCAGAGUCACCACUGACUUCUUAGACCACAAAACUUCGCACUACUUUUACACCACACUCAAACUUGAAAACCAACAACAAAAUCUACCGAAACAACCAACCGAUACCCUUCCAUCUCCUACAACUAAUAGCCUUCAGACCAAAUCCAACACCGAACCUGUCGGUUGUGACAAGUUUACAUUUGACUUGUCAGCUUCCAACAAGACUAACAAGUAUUUCACCCUUCAACACCUCACAUACCUUGGGCACGAACAGGUUUACGUCAAGGUUCACUCUGACUACUUGUUGUCUCGUGUUGUCGAUGGCGAGACUGUUGUUUGGGAACAAAAGGGUCAUGUAUACUUGGUCAACUUUGGCUACAUGCCUGAGAAGAAUCCAUCACACUUAUGUCUGGGUCUAUACUGUUCUAAGGGUCACAAACUUUGGUACACCUUUUACUACAAGAAAGGUGGAAAGUGGCAUUUGUACACCCACGACGAUAAGGUUCCAGACGCAUUGUUGAAACUAUCGGAGUCUCUUGAUAGCAAGACAUUCUUCGCGUUUGACUUGUCAUCCCACUCCAUGUCCACCGAUGACUAUGAAAUAAAGGAAUAUGAACACCUCGGCCAGAAAUAUAGAAUUGUUAACCUUCACAACCUCAGAGUUCUGUUUGACAUUAGGGAUGACAAAGAAAUUAUUUGGCGCUUUAAAAACAAAAAAUUCGCUUUAGUAUUUAGCUACUUACCACCCGAAAAUCCCAAUCACCUAGUAGUGACCUGCUUCACACAAAACAAUCUCGUUCACGAAACCUUUGAGAAAAUUGAUGGCAAGUGGAUUCUUACGGAUGAUGACACGACUCUUCGUCCCCAAUUUUCAUCUCAACUCAUACAAUCCAACUUGCAAUACACCACAUCACCCUCCGCACCUGUCCGUUGUGAGAAGUUUACAUUUGACUUGACCGUCCAUCACGAAAGCAACGAUGCAUUCGACCUAGUUCGUUUAACAUACCUUGGACAUAGACAGGUUUACGUUAAGGUUCACUACGACCACGUUUUGACUACUCUUUUUGACGGCAAGACUGUGGUGUGGGAACAGAAGGGAACUGUUUUCCUAAAUAACUUUGGCUACUUGCCUGAGAAGAAUCCGUCACACUUGUGUUUAGGUUUGCAUUGCACCAAGUCUCACAAUCUCAGGCACACCUUCUAUUACAAGAAAAAUGGAAGCUGGCACCUGUACAGUGAUGAUAAAGAUGUACCCAAGGAGCUUCUGGAGUUAUCAAACAAUUUAGUCUCGCACUUUGACUUUGACAUGUUGUCUUACAGCGUUUUCAGUUCCAACUACGAGCUUAAGGUUUUGUACAUUUUGGACCAGGCCGUUGUCUGGGUUAAAGUCCAUCCAGGUUCAUUCCUGGACUCAGUCGUCGAUGGCAAUUUGUCUGUGUGGGUCAACGACGGAAAGAAACAAGUUGUUCUAUUCUCUUUCUAUAGUCCAGAAAAACCUCAAUACUUUGUUAUUAUGUACGUGGAUGAUCUUGGCACUAUGCAUACCGAUUACUAUUUCAAAGACAAUGGACGUUGGGUACCUCUAACAUCUAGUGAAGAUAAAGUACUUGAGAAUGCUUUAUUACAAAACUCUGAAGACUUCUCAAAUCUACCACCUCCUUCAGAUAAUAGCCUUCCUACCACAUCCACCAGUCUAACUGUCGGAUGUGAGAAGUUUACAUAUGAUUUGAGUGUCCACCACGAAAGUAGUGACGCAUUCGACCUAUUCCAUUUAACUCAACUUGGGCACGAACAGGUUUACGUCAAGGUUCACUCUGACUACGUUCUUACUACUCUCUUUGACGGCAAGACUGUUGUAUGGGAACAAAAGGGUCAUGUAUACUUGGCCAACUUUGGCUACUUGCCUGAGAAUAAACCGUCACACUUGUGUCUAGGUCUAUACUGUUCUAAGGGUCACAAACUUUGGUACACCUUUUACUACAAGAGGGAUGGAAAGUGGCAGUUAUACCGCCACGAUGAUAGGGUUCCAGAUCAACUCUUGGAGUUGUCAAAGACUUUAUUACUCGACCAUGUUUCUUCCUUCUUGGACAAACGCCCUCACUCCCAGAACGAAAAGCUAACCCCAGUUUUGGUUCGCGGUGAAUGGCAAAAGAUCGAUAAAGAAGAGUUUUACAACAACUUCUUACACGUAUCAGUUCUUAGGGAAUAUGCCACUUUUGAUCUCAAGUUACUUCCAGACGUUGGGCAAUACGAGACUAAGGAAGGCUUUGAGUUCGGACACCCAAUACGUAUAUCUAACCCAAUGCCAGACAUACACGUGGGACUAAUAUUAGAUGGAAACGAACCAGUUUGGAAGAGCAAUUCAGUGAAUGAACACGUAAAAUCUAUUUUAACAGUUCAUGAAAAUGAAUACAAGCAUCUUUUCAGUUCUACCGUGAGGCUGAUUCAACUAUACAUUAAAGAUAGAGAUACGAUUUCAGUCAAGUACUUUAAGAGGUCACAAGAUGAUAAAUGGUCUGAGAUCAUAGAAAAAGAUUACGUUAGUCUCUACGAUAAUAUAUGCAAGGAUUUCAGAUCCCGCAAAGAAUUUCAAUCCGUUGAUUCCGAAUCUGACAAGGUUGACAGUGAUGCAGAGACUGCUGCUUCAUCUACUCAUCUCUGUCCAUCACCUGAAGAUUUGUUGGUCACUCUGUCUUAUGCUGACAAAGAAUCAGGUUCAGAAACUACUUCUCAGUUAAAAUUAAACAAUUGCGAUAAAAAUUUCUUUGUGUAUACAGUUGACGAAUUACAGACUGUGUACGUACCUAUUUUAAAGGAUUCAGUUAAAAAGUUGAGACUUGACGAUUUCUCGUUUUACGAGCAAGAUAAAGUUUCCCGCAAGCUUAUGGCGUUUUUCACUAAGCUCAACACCGACGGCACACUCCAAAGAGUUUUACUCUUUUUCAGGGACGCUUAUCAACCAGUUUAUAACGCAUUUGUCCUUGACCAAGGAAGUUGGGUUUCUUUCUCCCUGCUUCCUGAUGAGGAGUCCUACCUAUGGGAUCUCGUUUUAAAGGCAACUGGAAAAACGUUAUUUCCCGUGAACUAA